GUUGGUGUGGAUAUAUUUUCGAAAAAAAGCAGUAAGUUUGAAUUUCCUUUCCUGUGUACUUAAAAAGGAAAGGGGUUGGUGUGACGAAAUUAGAACCAACAAUGUAGUGGAAACCGCGACACUGAGCAUCAACAAUUGUUAAUCGCAGGAGGAAACAGAGGAUAUGAACUAAAACCGAGGAGUUGCGAGCUAAAGCCAAUCGAAUCGCUCUUUGCCAUUGCCUUCAAAAUCACCCAACUUAAACCCAUAAAUUCUCUCGUUUUUUCCCCUCGUUUCAACGUAACCAUCAGCCACUGAAGACAGGCUUAUGCAUGGGCAAGCCGAUUCUCAGUUUCCAUGCCCUCUUCAACCCUUUACACGCACCAGCCGUGCGGUUUCUCUCCACAAAGACUUCCUCUGUUUAUUUACAAGAAUUUACCAACCUAUGCAAUGGCGGACGCAUAAGACAAGCCUAUGAGAGCUUCAAAUCCGAGAUAUGGUCAGACCCAUCUCUCUUCUCCCAUCUGCUCCAAUCUUGCAUAGAAAUAGGCUCAAUUUUUGGAGGGAAGCAGCUUCAUUCUUUGGUCAUUACAUCUGGGUGUUCCCAGGACAAGUUCAUUUCCAAUCACCUUCUGAAUUUAUACUCCAAAUUAGGACAAUUUAAGACUUCUUUGGUGCUGUUUAGUCAUAUGCCACGUAGAAAUAUCAUGUCUUAUAACAUUUUGAUCAAUGGGUACUUGCAGCUUGGAGAUUUGGAAAGCGCCCAGAAGCUGUUUGAUGAAAUGUCUGAAAGAAACAUUGCUACAUGGAAUGCGAUGAUCACGGGUCUGACCCAAUUUGAAUUUAACGAGCAGGCUUUAAGUUUGUUUAGAGAAAUGUAUGGAUUGGGUUUUUUGCCUGAUGAGUUCACAUUAGGCAGUGUACUCAGAGGCUGCGCUGGUUUAAGAUCGAUACGUGCAGGGCAAGAGGUUCAUGCCUGUCUGAUGAAAUGUGGAUUUGAAUUGAAUUUGGUGGUGGGCAGCUCUGUUGCUCAUAUGUAUAUGAAGUCUGGUAGUUUGUCUGAUGGAGAAAAGGUAAUUAAAUCAAUGCCAACCCGUAAUGUAGUUGCUUGGAAUACGCUUAUCGCUGGAAAAGCUCAAAAUGGGUGUUCAGAAGAAGUGUUGAAUCAGUAUAACAUGAUGAAAAUGGCUGGCUUUCGACCGGAUAAAAUAACUUUCGUGAGCGUAAUAAGUGCAUGUUCAGAACUGGCGACGCUGGGACAAGGCCAGCAGAUCCAUGCUGAAGCAAUCAAGGCCGGAGCUGGUUCAGUUGUUGCAGUUAUCAGCUCAUUGAUUAGCAUGUAUUCUCGGUCUGGGUGUCUAGACGACUCUGUGAAAGCGUUUUUGGAUCGUGAAGAUGCUGAUGUUGUGUUAUGGAGUGCUAUGAUUGCAGCUUAUGGAUUCCAUGGGAGAGGAGAGGAAGUUAUUGAACUGUUUCACCAAAUGGAAGAGUUGAAAAUGGAGGCAAAUGAAGUGACCUUCUUGAGUUUGCUGUAUGCUUGUAGUCAUUGUGGAUUGAAGGAGAAAGGGACUGAGUAUUUAGAUUUGAUGGUGAAGAAGUAUAAACUCAAGCCUAGAAUUGAACACUAUACAUGUGUCGUAGAUCUGCUUGGUCGGGCCGGCCGCUUGGAGGAAGCAGAGGCUACAAUAAGAUCAAUGCCUGUAAAAGCAGAUGGCAUCAUAUGGAAGACUUUAUUAUCGGCCUGCAAAAUCCACAAGAAAGCAGAAAUGGCAAAAAGAAUUUCUGAAGAUAUUCUUAAGCUUGAUCCUCUGGAUGCUGCUUCCUAUGUGCUGCUUUCAAACAUCCAUGCUUCUGCUCGUAAUUGGCCCGACGUUUCAGAGAUUAGGAAAGCCAUGAGAGAUAGACAAGUGAGGAAGGAGCCCGGCAUAAGUUGGUUAGAACUAAAAAGUACGGUUCAUCAAUUCAACAUGAGUGACAAGUCUCAUCCAAAGUAUCUUGAGAUCGAAUUGUAUUUGAAAGAACUAAUGGCUGAAAUGAAACUGCAAGGGUACGUGCCAGAUAUAGGCUCGGUUUUGCACGACAUGGACAACGAAGAAAAAGAGUAUAAUCUGGCACAUCAUAGCGAGAAGUUAGCAAUUGCUUUUGCAUUGAUGAACACUCCCGAGAGUGCCCCGAUAAGGGUGAUGAAGAACUUGCGGGUCUGCAGUGACUGUCAUGAUGCCAUUAAGUGCAUUUCAAAGAUCAGAAACAGAGAGAUUAUUGUAAGAGAUGCAAGUAGAUUUCACCAUUUCAGGGACGGUGAAUGCUCUUGUGGUAAUUAUUGGUAGGGAAAAUUUUACUGCUGCCUCAACUAAGUCGGGGCCAUUUCUUGUCUCUUUUCCGAACGUAACUAUAGUCAGAAAGCAUUCAUUUAUUCAACAUUUCACUUGAGCCUAGACACACGAGUAUGCUCAUAAGGCAGGACAGUAGGACAAAUACCAGUGUCAGAUUUUCUAUAAAAAGUUGUUUGGUACUCUCUUAAAGCUUGAAGAACUCCCAAAGGAUCAGUAUAUUCAGGUCAAUUCCGCUAUUGUAUCCUUACGGAUAUUUCUAUUUCUAACCAUACGAUUACUAGUACUUCUUUCUCCA